AUAUUUACACGAAUUUUGAUAACGACUUUUGCCGAAGUUCGCUCAUUGUCAUUGCUCCCGGUUGCGAUCGCAUUCAAUGUGGAUGAUCGCGAUGAACGAUCGGUUAUAAAUGUGCCUCGAACUGACACUGAAGUAAUAUACAUACAAAGUUGGUAACUCCGGAAUGUAAAUGUUAUUUUCAAGCUUCCAACCUUCAGGAGUGCGUUUACGUCGUUGAUGCUCAUGUAUUACGGCGAAAUCUUGGUAAUACCACAACGCUUACCUCAUCAACCAUUGGUAUAUGCGGAAAUCCAAGGAAUAAAGAAUCGGCAUUGGAUCAACAGUCUCAUAUUACAACCUACUUUGACCCAACCAUAAAGUAAGCAAUGGAAGCAAUAAUUCAGGAUCUCAACAUUCCCAAGCGCCAGAUAAGGGAAACGCGCUCCCCCAAUCGAUUCCAGCUGCUGGCCCAUAAAUCAUGGCUGAAGACGAUUUCCCAAAGCGGGAAAGUGACCAGCGAUUUUCCUCUUUAUGGUAGCGACGCAUUCGAGUGGCCCCGCGGGGGACCGAGCAGCGCCUGGUCCCGGGUUUACAUCAGCGUCUACAAGAAACACCCCACCAAAGUGAUCCCGCUGCCGCGCAACAAACUGCUAGCCAAUCUCAACAACGGCGAUGCGCAUCCUUCGGAGAACGAAGAUCCACUCCACUACUCGCAACUCUUGCAAUAUGUCUCCCAGACAAACCACAAGAACCUCUGGAAGGCAGCCUACCGUAAGUAUGCCGCUUCUCGGCCUGAUCAGCACCAACCUUCUUCGGGAAGUGCAAGCAACGCCCAGCAACAUUCCACCGGCAUGGGCAGUUUCGACAAUGGCAAUAGCACCACUAUCAGCUGCAACAACAGUACAAAGAAGCUACAGCAGGAGAACAUCAACAUAUCAGCAGCACUGCUACCGUAUGACUUUGUGCUGCGGGAAGCGUUGACUCGUACUUACGGCUGUCGGGUCGUACGAUUGAAUGUCUGUGCCGAAGAAGGAGGCGUAGUCACGGAACAGACCUGCUCACUGAUGCAACCUCAUGCUAAUCUGUACCCAGUGCUGGGAGCAAUCGAAACGAACAUGAAUCUGUAUUUGAUUUUUGAUCCGUAUAUUGAAAAUAACCUGUUGGAUUGCGUUACCUACAGUCCGGCUAUCUUAGAAAAAUCUCACAAUAAACCGUUGUUCUUGAUAUAUCAAUUGCUGAAUCUGAUGAAAUCACUACACGAUCGUGGAUUGAACAUGGGUAACGUUGAGCUGGGAGAUAUCUAUCUGACGGAAAACCUAUGGAUUAGAGUGAUUCCUAAUCUAGAAGCAAACCUGUUGGAGUUUGACGACGAUCUUCAACGACAGCUGGAGGAACUAAGUUCGAACCGGUUGAUUUUGAGUAGAGAUUCGAAAGUGAGACUUCUCAAAGGACUCGAUCUCAAGUACUCCUUGAAGGACUACUGUGAAAUGUGGUGUCAUGGACAGUUGUCAAACUUCGAUUAUCUCACGAUCCUGAACAACCUGGCUGGCCGAAGAAUCGGUUGCCCCGAGCAUCAUCAUAUCAUGCCGUGGGUUACAGAUUUCUCUACCAGAAACGGCCAAAUUUGGAGAGAUCUGAAGAAGUCAAAGUAUCGGCUGAACAAAGGCGAUGCGCAGUUGGACUUGACGUUCCACUCUGCGGUAGGCACGGAAGGGACUGUCCCUCAUCACGUAUCGGAUGUACUCUCGGAGAUAACCUAUUACGUUUACAUGGCACGAAGGACACCGAAAUCCGUACUGUGCAAGUACGUUAGGCCGAUAUGGGUACCAGCGGAAUAUCCCGUUUCGAUACAGCGCCUGCACGAAUGGACCCCAGAUGAAUGCAUUCCGGAGUUUUUCACGGACCCAUCAGUAUUCAAAAGUAUUCACGAAGAUCUUCCGGAUUUGGAGGUACCUAUUUGGGCUACUUGUCCAGAAGACUUCAUCGCUAAACAUCGUGAAGCGUUGGAGAGUCAGUAUGUAUCGGAGAAACUGCAUCACUGGAUUGAUCUCACAUUUGGCUAUAAGCUGACUGGCUCGUCAGCGAUAAAGUCGAAAAAUGUCUGCCUAUCUUUGGUUGAUAAACAUCAGAAUCUCUGUCAGCGGGGAGUUGUGCAGCUGUUUACCAAUCCCCAUCCAGCGAGACAGUUCUCUACCAUUUGGAACGGCAAAACACCCCCAAGACUUUCUACGCUACAAGAGUCUCGGCAGAGGUUGACUCGAAGCUCGGAAGAUCUCUCACGACAGGGUUCCAGCUCUGGAUACUCUGGAUCAGAGUCUGGGUUUUACCCAGAGUACUCUUCUUCGCCACAGAGCCGAUACUCGUCUCAAAUUCUACGCUCGGGUAAUUUCAAAUCUGAAUCCAUGGAGCGAUCAACAAGCUAUCACAUUAACGUUCAAGCUAAAGCACCGUCGGUAUUAGCAUUGCCGAAGAAUUACAACCCAGUUGCUCAAUUGAAUGCCGUGGAAAACUUGGGAGUUUUCGUAUCCAAGACCUUCCAAUCAUCGCUAGCAUCGGACACUUCCGGAAAUGAUGCAGUUAAAAACAAACUGCUGGAUGAUGAUUUUGAGCUGUGGAACAUAAGCACUGCGAGUAGUUACGAUCGAGAGUUGGGCUACGAAAGCAACUCGUUUACAAACCGUUUGUUUUCCGAAGCCUACGAAGCAUCUUUGAUGAAGGAUAGAAAGAUGUUCCAGAAUUUGCGUUCACAGAGUCAACAGUAUCAACCAAGCUCAAAACAUACAUUCAAACAGCUGCUCUUGGAUGUAAGAACCAAAGAUCUGAAGGUGUUGGGAUGUCUGAUUGUUGAGUUGUUCUUGGCAGCAAAGUUACGACCGCUGGGGAGCUGCGUUCAGCAAGACUUUGAAAGUAGGUUGGAAUCUUGCGUGAAACUCGUUAGAAAGGAUAUCAGAUUAGUACCGGUGUGCGUUCAGUAUGCUGUCAAAUUACUGCUUGGGAUUGAUUCUUCUGAUUUGGAUACAACUGUAACUGAGAAAGGCCUUCCACAACCCUCUCCACAUCAAUUCUUACAGCCACUGCUUUCGAGUCUAUUGAUUCCAUUUCCAACGCAAUAUCUCCGCAUUUAUCAGACCAUAAAAGCUCUCAGUCAUUUCGAUGAGUCUACUUACCUUCUUGAUCUACACACUUUCUUUGACUGUGACGGCAAAAAUUGCUCUCGGUACGUGAACCUCGAUAAACUCCGCAUAGAUUUCCGUCGAAGAAUCGCUGAAUGUAAAGUUAACUGCUGUGUCGCACAGACAGAAGGCCUUUUGGAACCGUGUGGGACAGAACAAUACUCAACCGUUGAACUACUUCUUCCACACUUUAUCGAACUGAUCAAAGCCGACGAUACCUCUAUCCUAGCUGCAUGGAAUCUCUUCGAUGCCAUCUCAACCGCUUUAGGAACCAAAGGAACUCAACGACAUCUUUUGCAACCGAUUUUACUUCUCUAUGAAUCGGAUGAUACCGAAUCUAGAAUCAACCAACAACAAAAUGCUCCUGUAAGCUGCGACCCUGGAGCUUUGAAAUUCACCAGAAAUUCCUCCUUCAAGUCUCGGAAAUCCGUAAAACUCUAUCACCACAGCUUUCUCCUGAAACUAAUAGUUCGCUUCGGCUUGCGCUGCUUCCUGGAAAACUUCAUAGCCCCCCUGGUAGAAGCAGUCGGUGGCUACAAAGAUGCUGAUCUCAACCAACCGUACCAUUUCCAUGAAAACCUUCCUCUGGGUGAUUUCCGAAGAUCUCGAUCAUGCAGAAACUUCAAGCUUAAGGGCGACACCAUCAUCGAUCCAGCAUCUGACAAUGGUAACAAGACCACCCCUGGACACGAGUCGUUGUCCAUCUCCAACACUCUAGUCUCCCCGGAUGCAUCCGAUAAAACGCUUUCUCCCACAGUUGCUCAAAAUCUUCCGCUGGACGAUGGAUCUAUCGACGAGGAUAACGAAGAAAUGUUCAGCUUUGACGAAGAUCCACCGCUGGAGCAAGGGAAGAAGUUUACGACUAUCAUCAAUGUCGGAGGAGACGAGCUCAGCGAUUCGGAAAUGGAGACGGCAAUGAAGAAAAUUAUCGAGGAUUUCGAUAUGAAAGCGGAUACGAGCAGUUUUGAUUUGCCGUUGAAUCACUCGCAAGCGGAGGAAGCAAUUGAAGAUGCACUAGAUAACGAGUUUGCUUUUUCGCAGGAGAUGCUAACGGGAAGCAUGGAAAAGCUCAAUCUAACCAUAGCCGUUACUUCGGAACCUGACGUUGAGAAAGAUGAUCCAAAAUCUCCCACAAUUCCUAUACCCUCUUCAUUCCGGAGAAGUAUUGAGUUCAAUUCGAUAGGCUGUGAAAUUGGGAGUAAGAAAAGUGUAGACUCCAUGGAAUUCCUGUGUAAAACUCCACGUGAAGAUAAAAUCGAUCCUUCCUCGAAGAAUGCUGCAGCUGGAAACCCCAGCGUUCAUAGAGCUACCGACGCCACUAAGACCCGAUCUACUCGCAUUUCUGAGAUGAGCUCAGAAAGCUUGAUUUGGUUAUCUCAUCGCCUAGGACCUGUUCUGACCGCACGCUACCUCACCCGGAAUCUGCUGAAGAUGCUUACUCUCUGCUACGUUGGUCCUGAGAAUCUGGUUCCCUGUGAUACAUCCUCCCGUUGUCAUUCCGGUAGCAGUCUCAACUAUUUCACGAUAUCUGAUGGCUGCGUAGCUGGCGAUGAAGCUGCUCAACGCGUUAUCGAAUGUCUUACCUCAAUAUCGGCUCUCUUUGGUGAUCAGUUUAUUUUGCUCCAGUACUUUCCUCAUGCCAGCGAAUUGAUCGCUCUCUGUCGCAAGAAAACCACUCAAACACUAGAAGGAGGCUUGAUUAGUUCGCUGCAGCUGAUUAAAUGUCUGAUUCCGUACCUGAACGAUAGCACCGUGAUGGACCAGCUACAGGACUUCCUGCUGCGCUCAAUCAUUCAUCCGAUCAUUCGUUUGCUAGAGUCAACCAAAUUUGUUAUGCCUAGUGGAUUCCUAGCUCGUUCAGUUCUUGCCCGGAAACUCAUCGAUACUCUCUACGUAAUCUCAAUUCGCAUUGGUCGCGAAAUGACCAGGGAACACAUCUGCGUUCCCGCAUUACAGCGAUUCUUCUUGAUAUUCGACAAGGCAUAUGGUCGCAGCGAGCAUUUCAGGGACUUCAAGUACCGCAAUGACUCCAGUCCCUGUAGCUCCGGAACUGAAGACUCGCACAUAAUCGAGUUUCGCCGUGAUGGAGGGACGAGGGAGCUCUCCGUAAGUGGCCCAGAAAUACGUCCAGCUCGUACGAAAGGUCAUGAACCGCUGGAUAGCUAUACUCCUCCGAGUGCCCUGGAUGCAAAUCUACAACUCGAGCAUGAAUCACGACCUCCCAUCCAAGGUUGCGUUCGAUCGAAAGCCAUGGAAGAAAUCCGGGAUGUUUUCACGCCAAAUCUUGCCUACUGUGCAUUCCUGCCGUUUCUCAACUACCUCGGCCAGUUUGAGAUGUCCCAAACGCUGAAAAAUAUGGCCUUGGUAUUGAAUCUCUGCCACGAUCACGAACAGCCUGACUAUUCCCGAGAAAAUUACGCCCGAUUCAAUUCCGAAGCCGAUCGAGAUGCCGAAGAAAACCAGCUGGAUUCGCUCAACUGUUCGAACACAUUCGGUUCCAACAUCAUCGGCAAUCGGAUCGAGGUUCGCAACGAUUCCAACAAAAUUGAGCUGGAACAAAAGGAGCUACUUGGGAUGGUGACGUACCGUUUGGAGCAGGUGAACAGUGCCAGAAAUUUACGGGGCAAUUGGUUGGCAUACUGGGAACAUGAAAUUGGCCGAUCGGACAAGGAUAGCCGGUUCAAUUUGAAACAGAUCAAGCUGCAAACGUAUAGCGGACACACGAACUCCAUUAAAGCAGUGCUGGCACUGGACAAUGAGAAUAGUUUCAUUUCGGCUUCGAAGGACAAAACCGUCAAACUGUGGUCGCUGAGAAGCGAAGGUGAUGGCAGCAAGAUAUCGUCCUGCCAGUUCACCUACACUAACCAUCGGAAAUCGGUGCAUUCGUUGGCGUUCCUGGAAUCGAUGAGAUUGACAAUUUCGUGCGACUCUGGUGUCCACUUGUGGGAUCCGUUCGUGGGUGCCCAGAUCGGCCAGCUGGAUGUUCCUAAGUAUACUCCAGUCUCGGUGGUGAGAACUUUCCCAUCGCCUAGUUGCUUGGUAUUGGCCGGAACGGCUGACAGCUGUAUCCGCAUGAUCGACGCUCGCACCUUCAGUUACUGCAAUGAAUGGCGAGUAUCCAGUUCACCGGUCGGCUCGGUUCGAACCAUUGCUGUUUCGCCUUCCGGAGCAUGGAUCGCCGUUGGGCUCAGUUCCGGUCAUGUAACCGUCCUCGAUGGACGAACCGGGUUUAUCAUUUCCUCCUGGAGAGCGAAUGACAGUGAUCUACUACAGCUGUUGGCACCAAACGAGAACCAGCUGAUUAGUACCAGCUUGGAUUACUCCGUAAGCGUGUGGAACCCUGGCACUGGAAACUUGCAGUUCAAUUUGAAAAACCGUCCCGAACCAGUUCACUGCUUGACCAAUAAUGGACCGGAGCUGAUCGUCGGAACGCCCACCAACCGUAUCGGCGUCUACGGAGCCAUCAGUACGGAUACGACUUUUUCGUACACCAAGCUGCGAUCGGAGACGUUCAAGGGAGUGCUGACCAGUUUCGCUUUGCUUCCGCUCAACCGAAUGCUGCUGGUCGGAGGCGACAACGGUACCAUUAGUUUGCUUUGCUAGAAGGGAACUUUACCAGGUGUGACAGUUCUGAAUUGUUAUAUGUUUGAUACAGUGUGCAUUCCUUACUCAGUCGAAAUCUUAUCACUGCUACACUACCUGGAUCAAUUCCGAAUACCAUUCCAAAGCCAGAAGAACGGCAAACGUGCGGUAUAGUUACGUGAUUUUUGUUUGAUGUUUUGUGGGUUAUAAUUAUUGAAUACUUAUUGAUAUGUAUUUGUAUCUUAUACACAUCUAGUGUGAUUAUAUGAGAAUUGAUAUUGUGAAGAAACGCAUACCAAAACUAUUAUUAAAUAUAAGAAUGAUUGAUUAGAAUGAAA